AUGUCGCUGGUUCGAACAGCGGCGAUCGCUCUUCUUCUAAUCGCUUUUCUGCAAAAUGCCGCGGCUCAGAAAAGACAGCAAAGCAUUGUUAAGUAUCGCGGUGCGGUUGCCACGGAUGAUGGACGGUGUUCUGAAAUAGGGAUGAGUAUUCUUCGUCAAGGAGGAAACGCGAUUGACGCGUCGGUAGCUGCUGCUCUUUGUUUGGGCGUCGUGAGUCCAGCGUCUAGCGGUAUAGGCGGUGGAGCGUUUACAGUUGUUAAGAUUGCUGGUGGGAAGGCAAUUGCUUAUGAUUCUAGAGAAACAGCUCCUCUCCGUGCCACUGAGGAUAUGUAUGGAGGCAAUCUUGCUCUAAAGCAGAAAGGAGCUUUAUCAGUAGGUGUUCCCGGAGAAGUCUCGGGUUUAUUCACCGCUUGGAAACAGCACGGGAAGCUACCAUGGAAGCGGUUAGUGAGGCCUGCAGAGAAACUUGCAAAAGGAUUCAGGAUUUCAAAGUAUCUCUAUAUGCAGAUGAACGCGACUAGAGCCGAUAUCUUAGCAGACAAAGGUCUCUCCGAGUUAUUUGUUUCAAAUGGAGAGCUCAAGAAAGCAGGGACGAUUUGUCGUAACCCAAAACUGGCUUUAACGCUAAGGCAAAUCGCCAAGUACGGUGCAAAAGCGUUUUACAAUGGCACGGUUGGAAUUAACCUAGCGAGAGAUAUCCGUAAAUCCGGAGGGAUUAUAACUUUGAAAGAUCUACAAAGUUAUAGAGUUACGGUUAAAAAACCGUUGUCUGGACACAUUCUCGGAUACCAACUGCUCGGUAUGCCUCCUCCUUCAUCCGGCGGCGCUGCAAUGAUGCUUGUUUUGAACAUUCUUUCUCAAUAUGAGAUUCCAUCUGGUGUUUCGGGCCCUCUCGGUGUUCAUCGACUGAUAGAGGCUUUGAAACACGCUUUCGCGGUUAGAAUGAACCUUGGGGAUCCGGAUUUCGUAGAUGUUACAAAGGUUGUUUCGGAUAUGUUGUCGCCAAAGUUUGCAAAAGACUUGAAGAGUAAGAUAAACGACGAUAAAACCUUUGAUCCCAAAUAUUAUGGCGGCAUGUGGAAUCAAAUCGACGACCACGGUACAAGCCAUUUAUCGAUCAUAGACCGUGAGAGGAACGCUGUUUCGAUGACCAGUACAAUAAACGGUUACUUUGGGGCAUUGAUGCUAUCUCCAAGCACCGGAAUCGUUCUGAACAACGAGAUGGAUGAUUUCUCGAUCCCCAUGAAAUCCAGCAGUAACUUAAAUGUGCCGCCACCGGCGCCGGCUAACUUCAUCCGUCCCGGGAAACGACCGUUGUCCUCUAUGACACCCACCAUUGUACUCAAGGAUGGUCAAGUGAAAGCCGCGGUGGGUGCAAGCGGAGGAGCCAACAUCAUCGCCGGGACAACGGAAGUUUUCUUGAAUCAUUUUUUCCUCAAGAUGGAUCCUCUUUCUUCCGUCUUGGCUCCAAGGAUCUACCAUCAGCGUCUUAUAUAUUCGUCUGAACGUAAGAGGACGAGUUCAGAAAGCGGCAUCCAGAUAAAUUCAAUGUCUCUCAUAAGAACAGCGACGAUCGCUCUUUUUCUAAUCGCGUUCCUGCAAAACGCUGCGGCUGAGAAUAAGCAACAAAGUAUUGCCACGUAUCAUGGUGCGGUUGCCACGGAUGAUGGACGGUGUUCCGAAAUAGGGAUGAAUGCUCUUCGUCAAGGAGGAAACGCGGUUGAUGCGUCAGUAGCUGCUGCUCUCUGUUUGGGCGUUGUAAGUUCAGCGUCUAGCGGAAUAGGCGGUGGAGCGUUUAUAGUGGUUAAGAUAGCUGAUGGGAAAGAAAUAGCUUAUGAUUGUAGAGAAACCGCUCCGCUCCGCGCCACUGAGAAUAUGUAUGAUGGUAAUCUUGAUCUAAAGAAGAAAGGAGCCCUGUCAGUAGCCGUUCCUGGGGAAGUCGCAGGUCUAUUCACGGCUUGGACACAACACGGGAAGCUACCAUGGAAACAAUUAGUGUAUCCCGCACAGAAACUUGCAGCUCAAGGAUUCAAGAUUUCAAAGUACCUCUACAUGCAGAUGAACCACACUAAAGACGAUAUCUUAGCAGACAAAGGUCUCUCUGAGCUAUUUGUUUCAAAGGGAGAGCUUAAGAUACCAGGGACGAUCAUCUCUAACCCAAAACUGGCUUUUACACUGAGUCAAAUCGCUGAAUACGGUCCAAAAGCAUUUUACAAUGGCACUGUUGGAAAUAACUUGGUGAGUGAUAUACAAAAGUCAGGGGGGAUAAUAACUUUGAAAGAUCUGCAGGAUUAUAAAGUUAAGGUUAAAGAACCGUUAUCUACAGAUAUUGUUGGAUACCGAUUACUCGGUAUGCCUCCUCCUUCAUCCGGUGGCCCUGCAAUGGUGCUUGUUUUGAAUAUUCUUUCUCAGUAUGGGAUUCCAUCAGGUGUUUCGGGCCCUCUCGGUGUUCAUCGACUUGUUGAGGCUCUGAAACACGCAUUCGCAAUUAGAAUGAACCUCGGGGAUCCAGAUUUCGUCGAUGUUACUAAGGUUGUUUCAGAUAUGUUGUCUCCAAAGUUUGCACAAGACUUGAAGAGCAAGAUAAACGAUGAAAAAACCUUUGAUCCCAAAUAUUACGGUGCCAAAUGGAAUGAGAUCAAUGAUCACGGGACGAGCCAUUUGUCGAUAAUAGACAGCGAGAGAAAUGCUGUUUCAAUGACCAGUACAAUAAACAGUUACUUUGGGGCAGUAAUGUUGUCUCCAAGCACUGGAAUCGUUCUGAACAAUGAAAUGGAUGAUUUCUCGAUCCCCAUGAAAUCUGGUGGUAACCUGGAUGUGCCGCCACCUGCACCGGCUAACUUCAUCCGUUCCGGGAAACGGCCUUUAUCCUCAAUGACUCCCGCCAUUGUGCUCAAGGACGGUAAAGUGAAAGCCGCCGUGGGUGCGAGCGGAGGAAUGUAUAUCAUCGCCGCGACAUCAGAAGUUUUCUUGAAUCAUUUUUUCCUCAACAUGGAUCCUCUCUCUUCCGUCAUGGCUCCAAGAAUCUACCACCAGCUGAUACCAAACCAAAUUUCGUAUGAGAAUUGGACGACGGUUUACGAUGAUCAUUUUGAGAUUCCUAAAGAGACAAGAGAUGUGUUGGAGAAGAAAGGUCAUGUUCUAACGCCGAUUGCCGGAGGAACGAUAUCUCAGUUCAUAAUUGAAGAAUCCGGGGGACAUUCCAACGGAAAGAGCAUGCUUGUAGCAGUUAGUGAUCCACGAAAAGGAGGUUUCCCUUCAGGAUAUUGAGAAUAUUGCAUUUAACUUUGUUCCAUUAUGUAUUGCAUCGUUAAAAUAAAUGAAUAAUUAUAACUUUUUAAUCG